UUUCUAUUAUUUUAGGUGAAUAGAGGGCACUGGAACUUGCCAGCGUUCAUAUGUGACUUUUACAUAGCUAUGGAUGUGAUAUGUUCAACUUCAUCGAUCUUCAACCUUGUGGCGAUAUCGAUAGAUCGAUAUAUUGCUGUAACGCGACCAAUCGAAUAUGCAAAACAUAGAAAUAGGCCACGUGUUUGCCUAACUAUCCUGCUGGCCUGGGCGAUAUCGGGGGCUAUCGGUCUGCCCAUCGUAAUGGGUCUCAACAACACGCCCGAUCGCGAUCCGGGACUUUGCUUAUUCUACAACACUAUAUUCAUUCUAUGCUCAUCGUUGACCAGCUUCUAUAUUCCUUGUAUCAUAAUGGUGUUCUUAUAUUGGAGUAUUUUCAGGGCGUUGAGCAUCCGAGCACAAAAAUCGCGCGCUGCCCGGAAGCCGCACCUAUCGGAGCUGACGGGUGGCAGUGUCAUUGAGAAUGUAGCACAAACUCGCAGACUGGCCGAGACGGCGCUGGACAGUGACCGGCAUGCGGCCCGCAUUAUGCCUGACGAGCCGGCGACAAAUACAGCGUCGGGGUCAAACGAGGAGGAGGAGGAUCAGGGAGGAGGGGCCAUAUCACCGGAUAUCGAUGAUUGCCAUGUCAUCGUCAAUGACAAAUCCACAGAGUUUAUGCUGGCCACUGUGGUGGAAGAGACCGGCAAUGUCGUAGCUCAGAUCAGCAGUCCGCCGCAGCUUGUGGUGGCCGAUCCAAACGGUAAUCAUGAUUCUGGUUAUGCACCCUCAAACGUUGACGAUGUCCUUGCAGGCGCAGCCGCUGAUUCGUCACCGCCGGAUAGCCCGGAGCCUAGUGCGACAUUCAAGCGGUCAAGCGUAAGCAGCAGCCGGCGCAACACCGCAACUGGCGAUUCACCCACCAAACGCGAGCCCGCCCUCAGUGUUGCCAUGAAGCCGCUGUCCUUUGUCCGCUACGGUGUUCAGGAGGCGAUGACGUUGGCGCGCCACGACUCAACCCUCUCGGCUACAUCGAAGACCUCUUCGCGCAAGGACAAGAAGAAUUCGCAAGCCACAAGGUUCACGAUUUACAAAGUCCACAAAGCUUCGAAAAAGAAGCGCGAAAAGUCGUCUGCGAAGAAGGAGCGCAAAGCUACCAAAACACUCGCCAUCGUGCUGGGGGUUUUCCUCAUUUGUUGGCUGCCAUUCUUUACCUGCAACGUCACUGAUGCUAUCUGUUCGAUAAUGGAAAUAGACUGGCGACCAGGCGUUACCGCCUUCAUACUCACCACCUGGCUGGGUUACAUCAACAGUUUCGUCAAUCCAAUCAUAUACACGAUUUUCAAUCCAGAAUUUCGCAAAGCAUUCAAAAAAAUUAUGCAUUUAGGGUGAUCGACGACACCACGAAUUGAACGAACACUUACAUGGGUGAAUGCGAAGGUGAAAAAUAUUACAUUAAGCACAAAUAUAUUACGAUGAUCAAAAACAACAAAAUGUUCAUUAAUAAUAGCAAAUUUCUCCUAUGUACAUAAAUCUGCAAAUAUUUCAGUAUAUAGCAAUGUAUGAAUGCCACAACAAAUACUAAGUGAUUUUAUAUAAAAACAAGAACAGCAACAAACCGCACAUUGGCGCAAAUACAUAUGUACAUACUUAAAUAGGCGUGGUAGA